UUUUUUUUUAGUUACUCUGCACAAUCCACAAUGAGCUUCGAGUACCUGGGCCCCACACGCUACGACAGCAGCGACAGCGAAGACGAGCAGCCGCUCUCCCGGACGCUGGCCGCCGCAUCCUUCAUUGUGCGCACGACCGCCGACCUAGCACGCCCAGAAACCGUGAUCAUCGAUCUGACGCCGGCGGCCAGCAGCCCGGGCACAUCCCCCGUAGGAGUCGUCUAUGCACCCACAGCCUCAGCGCAAUACCCAGUAGGCAACACGCUGGCAACAACCGCCGGGCUAUCGCGGAUCGUUCAGCACGCUGACGGCACAGUGCGGGUGCUGGCAGACGCCAAGCUGCCGGUGGAGCUGCAGCACGGGUGGGUGCGCGCGGUGCUGGAGAAGCUGCAGCCGCAGCGGCUGGUGGUCGUGGAUAGCUUGGCAGCGCCAGGCAUGUACUGCGCGCCGGCGGUGCUGGCGUCGGUGCUGGUGGUGGGCGUGGCAGCAGCAGCGGCCAACUACGCGGAGACCUACCGGGUCGAGUUCCGGCACGUGCGCAGGCCUAGCGGCGUUGCGGCUGAGGAUGUCGACGGGCUGUUUGCAAGGCCCGACGAGAAGCUUGCUGGCGACAGCAGUAUUGGCAGAGAUGCAGCGGCGGCGCUGUACCUUUGA